AUGGCCGAGCGAAUAAGCCCUGAAGCCAGCACCGAAGCACCCAAAAAACCAUACGCUCUCGUCAAGCAACCCCGAGAAGAUCGGAACCAUCCCUCCGACCGUUCAGAAACAGAAGGGUAUGCCAACGCCAAUUUUAUCAAGCAACCCCUAGAUAAGGACCACGAGGAGUUGAUAAAGCUUCUAAAGUCAUUGCCUCGUGACGAAAUGGGAGGCUCAUCGAUCGGGAGCGACGGGGUCCUCAGAACACUCACGGCAGAUCGCGACGUCUUGGGCGCAGUUGGUCUUCCGCCUAGACUGCUUAAAGCGAUGCUCGAUUGCUUGCCGUAUAACAAAGAAGUGGAAGACAAGUUUCAAGGUGUGGAUGGCUCUCUUGUGCCUCGAGAGCAGUGGUUUCACCCGGACAAGAGUUUGCUGCCGGCACCUAUGACAGAGGAGGAGAAGGAGGAGUCCAGAAAGUUUGGCGAAGAGAAUAAGGAAGUCCUUGCGAAGAGAAAGGCGGAGUUGGAGCAAAAAGAUAGACACAUUAUCAUAUCAAACUACGAUUUAGGUCUGAAAUGA